UGCUAUUGUUUAUGAGUGGCUCUUGAUCGUGCUUCCCUCAGCCGGCACAUCUCUCUCUUCCUGGCUCUGUUGUCUCAGUCACUGCCUGGCUGCUCCCCGGCUCCCCGCCACGGGGCGUCAGUCUGCAGCAGCAGCAUCUCCGGAUCUCAGGGCUCGCUCCUUUCUCCAGGCACCGACAGGGGAGAAGAGGAGGAGGGCACAGGACUGGCACAAAGGUUUUAUGUUGCAUGUGAAGAAACUGAACAACGAUUGGCUGCUGAAAGCAAUUCACUCUUAGAAAGCUGGAUUUGAAUAUUUGGAUUCCUUGGAAACGUUAGCAUUUCAGCAGCACUUGAGCUUCCUCGACUUCAUUUCAACACUGAAGAAAAGAAUUUAACUUCUAAGUAUUUACAAAGAACUGAACAAGUUGAUUGUGGAUUCCUUAAUUAACAACAAGACUUUCAUGUCUCAAAGUGAUAACGAUGCACUAAGAGCUGUAUCCAUAGUUGAAAGCACUGAGCAGCUGCAAAUAGACCCUGCAAAAACAAUGGCUACAGCUGAUGCUGUGGGAAGUAUUGCUAUAGACGCCACACAUCUCACCAUGUCAGUGACAGACCCAACGGCUUGGGCCACCGCCAUGAACAAUCUUGGGAUGGUCCCUGUAGGACUUGCUGGCCAGCAGCUGGUUUCAGAUUCAAUCUGUGUACCUGGGUUUGAUCCAAGCCUAAGUAUGUUGACUGGCAUAACUCCAAUCAAUCCUAUGAUGGCUGGAAUGGGCCUAUUACCACCUCCACUUAUUGUGAAAGAAAUCAUCCACUGUAAAAGCUGCACCCUCUUUCCUCCUAAUCCCAACUUGCCUCCACCUUCUACAAGAGAGCGGCCUCCAGGCUGUAAAACUGUAUUUGUUGGAGGAUUACCCGAAAAUGCCACAGAGGAGAUUAUUCAAGAGCUCUUCGAGCAAUGCGGAGAUAUUACAGCAAUACGCAAAAGCAAGAAGAAUUUCUGUCACAUUCGAUUUGCAGAAGAAUUCAUGGUUGAUAAAGCCAUUUACCUAUCUGGUUAUCGAAUGAGGUUAGGAUCCAGUACAGAUAAAAAGGACUCUGGUCGUCUGCAUGUAGAUUUUGCUCAAGCAAGAGAUGAUUUUUAUGAAUGGGAAUGCAAGCAAAGAAUGCUUGCAAGGGAAGAACGCCAUCGUCGCAAGCUAGAAGUUGACCAGCUACGGCCUCCGUCCCCACCAGCAAUCAUGCAUUAUUCUGAACAUGAAGCCACGGUACUCGCCGAAAAGCUAAAAGAUGACAACAAAUUCUCAGAGGCUAUCACUGUUCUUGUAACCUGGUUAGAGAGAGGAGAGGUGAAUCGAAGGUCUGCAAACCAGUUCUACUCCAUGGUACAGUCCGCGAACAGUCAUAUUCGACGCCUGAUGAAUGAGAAGGCAACACAUGAAGAGACGCUGGAACAGGCCAAGGAGAUUUACAAAACAGAACUCUUUGGGAUUCUCACUCAAUUUGAGCAGAUUGUGGCCGUUUUCAACGCUUCCACCAGACAAAAAGCAUGGGACCAUUUCUCGAAAGCUCAGCGCAAGAAUAUUGACAUUUGGCGGAAGCAUUGUGAGGAGCUCCGGAACGCACAUAGUGAACAGCUAAUGGGUAUCCGACGAGAGGAGGAGAUGGAGAUGUCGGACGAUGACAGCAGCGAUGUCCCUAGUAAAAAAGCCAGAGUGGAUGAUUCAGCUCUAGCUGCCCAAGCUUAUGCACUGAAGGAAGAGAAUGACAGCUUGCGGUGGCAGUUGGAUGCUUACAGGAAUGAAGUAGAACUUCUGAAACAAGACAAAGGACAUCAUGCAAGAACAGAGGAAAGCAUAACCAAGGACCAGCAGUUACAAUUCUUACAGCAAGCAAUGCAGAAUAUGCAACAACAAUUAGUGGCAAUGCAAGAGGAGCUAAACAACAAGAAGAGUGAACUAGAGAAAGCCAAGGAAGAACAAACACAUGCACUUGCUCUGAUGAAUGUUCUCAAAGAACAGCUUAAAAGCGCCAAAGAGGGUGCAGAUUGCAACACCCAUGACUACCUCACCAAAGAAAGCAGUACAGUCAGUGUUGCUGUGUUUAACCAUGAUAAAGAGAAGGACGCAGAGAAACAAAGACAGACUCUGAAAUCAGAGAAAGAAGCUUUGCUUAUAGGUAUUAUAUCAACAUUUCUAAAUGUCCAUCCGUUUGGCGCUAAUAUAGAAUACUUGUGGUCUUAUCUUCAGCAGCUGGAUUCAAGGAUAUCAGCAAAUGAAAUUGAAUCUUUACUGAUGAGGCUACCUCGAAUGUUCAAACAAGAAUUCACUGGUGUAGGAGCAACACUGGAAAAGAGGUGGAAAUUCUGUGCAUUUGAAGGAAUAAAAACAGCUUGACUGCGGCUGGUGCUAGAGACAUUUAGCUGAAAUGCUGUAGCAUGACAGAUGUAUGAAGUAUUCCAUAGGCAAUGGACAUUUCGCAAGACCGAUGAAUUUGAUCUUUAGUUACAUCCGUGAUGUGCUCUUGUGAGUGAAGAUGUUAUUGUGCGCCAGUCCCUCUGCUUUUGUUUCAGAAAUGCAAAUUUAAUUUGAAUCUAGGUCGCUCUGAAAAUGUUUAGUUAUCCAUAAAUUGUACCAUAGAAAAAAAGAAUUAGAAGGACAAACAACUACUGAAAAUUACCCUAUACAGUAGGUAGCAGACCUAUUAGACCGUAAGUACUCCUACUGAAGCUCUGUGAUUGGAAGCUGGUGCAGUUUGGAAUGUGGGUCGGACAAUAUCACAAUGAGAUUUUCCGUUUUAAUGUUCUAUUGCGUGAUAACCGUAUCCCAACAACAGUUAAAAUACAGGUUGUCUACCUCUGACCUACAGAGAAAAUACUUGAAGUCAAUAGUACUGAGAUAUAUCCAGUCGUAUUUAAUAUUGUUACCCUUUAAUGUGUCCUUAUAUCUUAGCCUCUUUCUUAUCGGUGAGGUGUGGAAAUCUGUCAAAAAUAGGAGACAUUCUUUGUGGCAGAUAUAUGGCAUAGUAGUGCAAGUUAAAUAUAUUGCUAAAGAAAUCUGCAUUACUUCUUAAUUUUUCUAAUUAUUUAAAACAGAAGAUUUUUUUUGUCUUGCCAGGAGAGAUUACGCAAUGUAGACGUGCUCCAUAAAAGGGAUUCUAAAUUAUUAUUUUUCUAAUAUAAACCAUAGUCCAGAGUAUCACAUCAUAUAAUGUAAAUGUAUCUUCCUGAUGUAAAUAUUGGAUAAAAUAUUGUUGUUUUUCUGUAUUGGUAUGUAAUAUAUUCAGAUACUGUAUGCAUCAGAAUAAAUAUUCAGUUU